CUGUGUAUCUAUCUGUUUCAGCUAUAACGAAAGAACUAGAUUCUGUUACUGUAAACUGAAACAGCUCACUACUCUCUCUCUCUCUCUCCUCUCUCUCUCUCCUCUUUCUCUCUCUAACUCUCUCUCUCCUGGUAUAAAAGGCGUGAAGGAGAGGCGGGGAACACACCAUUUUCAAUUUUCACCAGAGCGCUUCUUCAUUCAUCGAUUAAACACGCACAAACACACACACACACACACACACACAAUUACACACACAUUCUCUGUGGAUAUGGCGUCGUCUUCAUCUUCGUCGUCUUCGCUCGAGUCAAUAUGGAAUCAGCUGCCUGCGCGAAAUCAUGCCUUCCGAAAGAUCAGUGACGACGUCUAUCAUGAUAUCGUCGUUCUCCGCCACCACGACCGUCGCUACACCGUCGAGAUUUUGAUUUCUACGGGUCAAGUAAUAUCAUGGAAGAACCAAAAUGAUGACGAGCUGCUUUUUGUGAGUGAAAAGAGUAUUAUCAAAAAAGAUGAACCAAUUCUUGGAGGCAUCCCAGUUUGCUUUCCAAGGUUUAUCAAGAAUGGAAACAUCGAGAACACCUUUCCCGCGGGCUGGCUUAUUGACGGUUCCGUCCCUCAACCCAACGAUAAGCCAAUGCUUGCUUUGAUUCUCGGGCCAUCUCAUCGUGACUCUUUAAACUGGCCUAAUGAAUUUGAGUUCCGUAUAAAGUAUCAGCUGGGAGAAAACGGAACUCUUGAGAUGGAAUCCCGUAUCGAAAACACCGAUGAUCACCCUUUUACAUUCCAGUUUUGCUAUCAAAACUACUUAGCUGCCUCUUAUAUCGGUAACAUUCGGAUUCGAGGACUGGUUCGACUGGAAUAUCUGGACUAUCAGAUGAACAUGAAGCGAUUUACUGGACGGGAUUAUAAAAUGCCCAUUAGAUCUGAAGUGGACAGGGUGUAUGUCGACGUGCCAGCUGGAGGAAAUAAUAAGGUGAUCAAUGUUGGCGACUAUGGGAAAGGUCGAACUUAUACCAUCGAGAGAAGUGGCACUAGUCUUCCUGACAUUGUGGUGUGGAAUCCAUGGAUUGAGAAGGCAAAGAGAAUAGGUGAUAUGGGAGAUGAAGAAUAUAGGAAAAUGGUGUGUGUGGGGCCCGCUGCAGUUGUGGAUCCGGUCACGUUGAAUCCCGGUGAGGCGUGGACCGGGAAACAGAGCAUUUCUAUUGAGGAAGAGACCGGUUCUGUAUGCUGAAUAUAUCAUCAGUUUCUCUAUAAACUCAUUUCUGCCUAUACAUACAUAUAUACAUAUGUAAUAUUCAGGCAGUACUUGUGAUAUAUUCGCAUUCUUGCGUCGAAUUUGCGGUUACGUUUUUCGAUUAGUUGAAUAAAUACCUAAACCAGCUUCCUAUUGAAAAACAGAUAUAUAAAUGUGUGGUUUUUUUCUUACUUCUAAUUGGUUGAGAAAUGGUUUACUAUAUAUACGUUCUUGUUUGUGAUCUUUCAAUAGUGUUCAGAUUUGCUC